AUGCCACACUCUGCAAACAAGAAGCGGGCAGCUCCCGAGGUCUCCUCAAAGUCGCGGAAGAAGCCAAAGCUUGAGCACGGUCGCAUUCAGAAGAAGGAAAAAGCGUAUCAAAAAGCGACAAUCCCCGUACCAAAUAUCGAUGGAAACUCUGAGAUUUCUGAUGAAGAUGUAGAGUUCUUUCACCAGAACGGGUUCUCCGGUCAAUUUUUACAAAAUCUCGACGAGCAGGCAAUCUCGCGGAGUAAGAAGGAGACGAAUCGUCUCUUUGCACUUCAAAAGGUCCCCUACAAACAAUCAGCACCCAAGCCUCCACCUUCUGCCAGCCCUCUCGACGACUCCAGUAGUGACUGGAGUUCCGGUGUAGACGAUAUCGAACUAGAUUCAAAUGACAGUGAAGACGACGGGGAAGCAUCACAGGAUGAUGAGGAUUCGUCUGUCGACAGCUCUGAUGAGGAGCAGUCUUACGAGCGACAACCCCGUGGACGUUCCACAGAAAACGAGAAGGAGAAGAGAAAGACAAUCCCGCGACUUCCCAUCAAGCUACCCGGAGGACAGAUUCAGCAAACUGGCGUGAGGGAGGGCUCGGUAGUGUCGUCGGGUGAAGAAGAAGAAGAAGAGCCCCUUCGCCCAAUCGAGUCAAGUACGAAGAGGAACUUUACUGGGGCUAGGUUUGGUCGAGCUUCCGUUGCGGACGUCGUGUCUAUCCGCUCUGGGCGGGAACGCGGGCAAGCGGCUCGAGAGCAGAUCGCCGGCAUCUGCCAAGAUAUUCUGAGUGAACCAGAGAACAGUCUUGGUUUACUCCGCAGGCUUUUAGCGUUUGCAAGUCCGACUGUCGAAGCUACAACAGAGGCCGGCAUCGUGAAGGUUGAGAAUGACGAGUCUAUUCGCAAACUGGCCAUUAUAUCCUUGAUGGCUGUCUUCAAAGACAUUGCUCCCGGCUACCGAAUACGAAAGCUCACUGACAAAGAGCGCGGGGAAAAAGUUAGCCAAAUGGUUGGCCAGACUCGAGAUUGGGAGCAAGGACUUGUUUCUUGCUAUCAGUCAUACUUGCAAUUGGCGGAUAAGGAAGUCAGAGCAAAAUCCGGACUGAAGGAUAUUUGCUUGCGCUGCAUGUGCUCCCUACUCCAGCACUUAACACACUUCAACUUCCGAACGAACAUUAUGAGCACUUUGAUUGCACAACUAAGCCGCAAGUCUUGGGAUGUGACAAGUGAUCUAUGCAUGGAAACGCUUAUAUCAGUCUUCAAGAGCGAUCUCACUGGGGCCCCUUCACUUGAGGUUGUUCGUUUGCUCAACCGUAUGAUCAAAGAACGCCACUUCAACGUCAAUCCCCGGCUAAAAGACGAACUCAAGAAUGUCAGGGCAUCAAAGGAGCACGUCGACAAGAAGCAGUCUGAGAGCAAGGCAAAGCUCAAGCGCUCGAAAGGAAAGAAGGUUGACACACCCCAUCUCAGCAAGAAAGCGAAGAAAGCCCUCAAAGAGAAUAAGGAAAUAAGAGCUGAAAUGGAAGAGGCAGAGGCCGAAAUCGAUCGAGAGGAGCGAGCAACCCAGCAAACGGAGACACUCAAGCUUUUGUUUGUUCUCUACUUUAGUAUCCUCAAGGGAUCCAAGACAACACCCUUGCUUUCUGCAGCUCUCCAAGGCAUCGCACGAUUUGCACACAUGAUCAACGUCGACUUCUUCCGAGACCUCCUCCAGGUUAUUCGCGACAUCAUGAGUCGCCUUGAUGACACUCAAGAAACGAGAGAGGACGGAGAGACGGCCCUCGAUACAUGCAACGACCUUAAACUUCAACUGCUUUGCGUUCUCACUGCAUAUGAUCUACUCACAGGCCAAGGGGAGGCCUUGAAUCUCGACCUGAGCCAGUUCACGACUCACCUUUAUCGAUUAAUCCCUCGACUCGCUUUCCCUCUCUCCCAAGAGGAGUCACAGAUGUUCGAAAAGGGGUCAAAAAUGGAUCCUUCCAGCUCCAUAGCCGACCUUCUCUUCCGCGUCCUGGGAAUCAUCCUCACACCCAGAUAUGGGAAAGCGCCGUCCUAUCUACUCGCCGCCUUCUCCAAACGUCUUCUCACCCUUGCUACUCAAACAGGACCAGCUAUGACAAUUCGGCUCUUGAAUUUCGUCAAGAGCCUCCUUGGAGCAGAUAGCAAGCUGGACGCGCUAUUGAGUACAGAAGAGAGGGUCUCAGAUGGUGUCUAUAGAGACACGGUUGAUGACCCGCAGCUUUGCAAUCCGUUUGCGGCAGUCUGGUGGGAGAUCCUUAUUCUGGAGGAGAAGCACUAUGACGAGCAGGUCAGGAAGGCUGCAUACCAGCUACGGACAUGGAGGCCCACGUAG